UCUUAACAAAAUCUGACAUUGACAAUUUAUUAACAUUAAAUAAGAAUUUUACAAUACAUAUCGAAGGAAACCCAAUAAAUUGUGAAUGUACGCACAUUUUUUCUCUAAAAUGGAUGAAAGAAAAUAAAAUCAGAUUUGGAGAUCUAAAAAGCACUAUGUGCGUCAGCCAAUCGGUGUCAUUAGCAGAAUUUUUUCAGGAAAAGGCAUUUAUAGAAUUUGAAAAGAAAUGUCAAGAAAACAUGUGGCUGACAUGUUCUAUUAUUAUGCUAGUACUUCUACUUACAACAAUACUGACAGCAGCAUUAGUCAAAAAAUAUCGUGUUCAUGUUGAUUACGUCAUUCUGCGCCUGCGUAGUCGAUGGAAAGGUGUCGUGCAUGUUGUAUAUCCAAAAACAUUUCAGUUUGACGCUUUUAUGUCAUACGCAGAAGAGGACGACCAAUUAGCCUGUACAACUCUGUAUGGAGAGCUUCUCUCCUUAGGUUUCCUAAUUAGUUUUCCGGAUAAAGACUUUAUACCUGGUAUUUCAAAAGCUGAGCAACUUUUGCACUAUAUUGAUGUUAGCCGGAAAGUCAUUUUUCUCGUGACGGAAAAUUUCCUGGAGAGUGGGUGGGAUACGUAUGCCAUUCAGAUGGUGGUCACUCAUGCAUUUCACAAUCACAGAGAAAAAUCCAUGAUAGUGAUAAUAAAAGACAGUAUUCCUGUAGAAAGAAUGCCAAAGGACCUAAGAUACAUAUGGUGGUCUAUCAAAAGUAUCCGAUGGCCUGAAAAUGGAGAGAACAUGAUGAUAUUUUUGCAGGAGUUAUCUACUGCUUUGCACUCUAAUUAA